CACACAGUGCUUGAGAUAGGAUCGGCCAUGGCAGUGACUGACAGUGAGCCAAACUUCAGAGCCAGGGCAGUUGCAUUGGGAUUGGAUGAGCCAACAAUCAACUCUCUGUGUACCAAUGGCAUCAAUACCAUUGCUAAGUUUGCUUUCUCCAGCUCUUAUGUUCCUGGCGCUGCGGAUGAAGGACCAUUUACGGAUGCUAUGGCUACGGCUCUCGGCGGCGCUCCCAAUAUUGGAACACUUGCCACGCUCAGGCGGUUGCUCCAUGAAUCCUUCGCCAUGACUAGUGCUGAGCUCAAAGCAUCGGUGGAGCGUGUUGAGGAUGCUCCUCCCAAGAGGCUUGCUCAGCCCGAAAGGGCGGACCGUUUGCAACGCCAGAAGCUCAAGUUGACCGGCCUUAGGAUUGAGGGUAAGCUCGAACCGAGUGAUCGGUUGAUUGAUAUUGCAGUUGGGAUGUACGAAGACAAUCGCUUGACUGAUUUGGACCCUCAGAAAUGUACAUCCAAAGAGCAAGAGGUUGUCAAUGCAUCGGGUAAGGACGACAAGCACAUUGCAAUUGAUUCAUCAGGUUCUGUGAGAGUGCGCGACAAACUUGGUAAGCUGGACGCUGACAUUAGCAGUGACAUGUUUCUACGACUUGCACUGAUGCGGCGUGGGCUCGCCCUUGAUCAGGCAAACAUUCUGGAUUACCUUGUUCACGAUCUCUGGGUUGAACGCAUCUUUGAUGUGCGAACGUCGGAUCAGCCGGAUGGAUACAGCCAAGUUUCGCACCAGCAGGUCAUCAAUGCAGACAAACGUCUUUUUGUGAAGCUUGCGGAGAUGACGCGCGGCGGUAUCCAAUUGCAGGCAUCAGGGAGGCCCACUGACUCUGCUUUCAGAAGAGCGAUGGAACAUCCGGACGUCAACCACUUGUUGCAGCCAUUGCCCAAGCGCUUGGUGGAAUCCAGUCCGUCGAAGAGACCAGCAGAUGUUCCAGACGCAUCUAAGUAUCCGGCCAGGUUCCAGAAGGGCAAAUCCAAGGGCAAAGGUGGUGCAGGGUCGCGAACUGUGCGUAUGCCAGAAGCUCUUCGCGAUGGUACUCCCAGUACCAAGGCUGGCAAUCCCGUAUGUUUCGAUCACAAUCUGGAUGGUUGCCACUUGCCAGUGCAACAGAACCGAUGCAGGAAGGGCUUGCAUGUUUGCUGCUUCCGGAAUUGUGGGAAGAUGGACCACACGUAUAAGACUUGCCCCUUGCGGGGGCAGGCGCAAUCCUGACUAAGGAAAUAUGAUGGUGCAUGGAAUUCAGGUGGUCGUGAAGAACAUGGCCAACUCCAGAAGAAGCCCAAAUUGCAUGGGCCUGCUCCAGGAGAGGACUUGAGCACGGGCUUUGCGGAGCCGGCCAAUAAGGCUCGUGAACCAAAGCUGGUGCCUUUGAUUCUUGAAUUGUGUGCAGGGUCUGCCAUGCUCAGCAGAUGUUUCAAAGACAGUGGAUUCGAUAUUCUUGCGGUGGACCAUUCUAAGAAUCGCUUCCUGCCAAUGGCACGAAUCUGUCAGGUCGAUUUGCAAAGCAGCAUGGUUGGGACUUCCUCAACUAUGUCAUCAAGUUUCACAAUGUUGUUUUUGUGCAUGCUGCCCCGCCUUGUGGUACGUGUUCCCGAGCCCGUGAGAUCAAGCUUGCCGGACAGUGUCCCCAACCUUUGCGAAGUGAAGCCCAGCCGUGGGGCCUUCCCGACCUGGCCCCAGGUGACCAGGCAAGGGUUGACAGCGCAAACUCCAUCUACAAAGGACUUGGCACGUUCCUUGAAGCUUGUUCGCUUGCCAACAUUCAUUGGUCCGUGGAGAACCCUGAGAGGAGUUUGUUGUGGUCAAUCCCUCCAAUUAAAGCGCUUGGUGCCAAAGCUUGUUUUUAUCUGUUCCAGGGUUGUGCAUGGGGCGGGGAUAGACCUACCAGGAAAGCCUUCCUUUCCACCCUGCCUGGGUUUUGCCAGCUGCAAGCCGCUUGCCCUGGCCUGUCCCAGCAUCAUGUGCGCAAGCCUUAUGGUAGGACUCGAUCCUCAAGUGGUGAGGUGCAAUAUGCAACUGCCGAAGAGGCUGCUUAUCCUAAGCCGCUGUGCACUAAGAUUGUCAGCAUUGUGCAACAGGGGCUUAACUUGUUUCCCAUGCGUGUGGUUUUGUCCGACGGGCCCUUGACCGCCAAUAUUUCUGGGAAUCUUGGAAGCCACAAACAGCCCCGGGGUCGCAAAGUCAAACCAUUGUUGUCUGAAUUUGCUCACGUGCACCACGUUGAAACAAGCAAACCUUUGUCCUUUGAUGCCAAGAAUUGCCUUGUGUGUGCCUGCCCUCCUGCCCCAGCAGGAGCAAAACUAGUUGCACUAAAUGAGAAAAAGGGAAAAUCUGGUGCAACUGAGUUGCGGCUGUACUCACUAGGUGUGUACCGAGAGCCUGAGCAGUGGAUUGCAGAUGCUGUUUCCAUCCAGCAUCCUUUCGAUUGUUUUCAUGCUGUUCCUGAUGACCUCUUGAGGGUAGUCUUUGACAUGUUGACCUUGGAACCGUUCGUGGUCAUCCAGAACAGGGCUGAGAAGUUGUCGCAAUGGUUAAGCUGGUCUGACGAGCUUCGUGACAGGGAAAGCGCACUCGCAACUUGAACCGGGGGUGGCUGCCAUCCUGGAGGGCAAGAAGUUGCUCCUUCUUGAGCGAAUUGCUGCAAGCUUGAACUGGCCUGACAUGGCAAUUUUCCAGGAAAUCCGCGAUGGGUUCAAGUUGGUAGGGCUACAGCCACCGUCGGGUAUCUUCAGUAUUGAGCCGCGACCAUCGGCCUUCUCUGCUGCUGAGCUUGAUGAUGCUGGCAAAUUCUUGAGGCCUGCCAUCCUGGGCAGGCUCAAAGGCUUGGCCAACGAUGAGGAUCAAACGGCUUUGUGGGAUAUUACGUUGCAGGAGUCGAACAAUAAGCACUGGAUGGAUGGCCCACUCAGUUUGCCGGAGGUGGAAGCGCGUCACGGUACGUCUUGGAUCCCGGUGAGGAGGUUCGGUGUUUGGCAGAGUUCUGGAACAAAGAUCAAGCUCAGGCCAAUUGAUGAUUAUUCUGAAAAUCGCGUCAAUGGUGCGUUUGCAUACUCCGACAAGCUGGAGCUGAAGGCACUUGACCAGAUAAUUUGGAUGGCAGCGGCAAUUACGAGAUCUUGCCGGUGCGGCACAGCAUCCUUUGUGCUAUCAACGGGUGAGAAGCUGGAGGCGCCCGUUUCAAGGACCCUUCUGGAGGACGAGCUGUGGGAUCCCGUUGCAACUGUGCUGGACCUUUCUUCUGCAUACAAGCAAUUUGCAAUACACCCUAAUGACAGGAGGUAUUCCAUCAUUUGCAUGACGAUGCCGAGUACAAAGGAGGUACGCUGCUUCGAGGGGAGGGUUUUGCCCUUCGGCGCCACUGCGAGCGUGGUACACUUCAACCGGAUCUCCAGGUUGAUUCACCGCAUUGGACUGGAGCUGCUACUUCCCUGGGGAUGCUACUUUGACGACUUCCCUUUGCUGUCGGUCCAUGGGAUUGCAGGGAAUACUCAUGACUGUGCGACUAUGCUGAUGCGGCUCCUUGGGUUCAGUUUUUCACAAGAGAAGCUCAAGCCCUUUUCCAAAAAGGCUGUCGUGCUAGGGGUAGAAAUUGACCUGGAGGAUGUUCGGGACAGAGGAGUCUUAGUUCGCAACAAACCUGGCCGUCUUGAAGAAGUGGAAGGUGUUGCUGCCAAGCUCCUGGAAGGUGACCAGAUCUCGAAUGCGGACUGCAGCAAACUCUUGGGUCGUUUGCAGUAUGCUGAGGGGCAGGUCAUGGGUCGUGUUGGGAAGCUGGCCAUGGCCGAGUUGCGUGAAACGUUCAAGGGGUGCCAACGCUUGAUCGCUCUCAGCAAAUCUGCAAAGGAGUCUUUUAGAGGACUCUUGAAUAGACUGAUGAGUGGUGAUCCUCGACAGGUACCAUGUUCGCCGCCCACUAUGCCAAUUGUGGUGUACACUGAUGGUGCAAGUGAUGAGGGCAUUCAUGCUGUGGGAGGUCUCAUCUUUGCUCCAUUUUUAGACCGUCCCCGUUUCUUUUCUGUACAUGUGCCACGGAAACUGACGGACCAUUGGCUGGAGACGAUGAAGCACAUCAUUGGUCCAGUUGAGCUGUAUGCCGUUGUUGCAGCACGUUACAUUUGGAGACACAUACUUGUCAAGGCCAAAGUCAUUUGGUACAUUGACAGCUUUGUUGCAAUGGAUGCUUGCAUAAAGGGUGUGUCGUCGAACGAAAAGAUGAGGCGUUUGCUCUUGGCAUGGGAAGAAGCGGAAGCCUUGGGCCAUGUGUGGUCUUGGUUCACUCGUGUUCCUUCGAAAUCCAACCCGGCUGAUGAGCCUUCCCGAGGGUGUCUUGAUGGCCUGAUUGCAAAGCUUGGCGCAGAACGUGACACGGGUUCUUGCCCGCUUGGUGGUACUCCUUUGCAGCCACUUGACACUUUGUAAGUAAUGAAAGUGGGAGGAGGUGGCAAAGCGUCAAGUGCCUGAGGCACAUGAUGAUGGUCACUCCCCAUGAUGGAAAAGUGUGUUGCAUUCACAAGGGAAGGCAUUCACCUUGCAAAGUGGCUGAAUCUUGUCUUUGUGAGAUAGGUGCACUUUGCACUGUUUGGGUUCCCUACUCGGUUCCUGUCGUUGGGAAACCCUCUCCCCCUGUUUGCGU